AUGGUUUAUAUAGAGUGGACUUGGUUUAAUCCUAAAGAAUCUCGUAAUGUUAAAGUCAUUCAGCUUGAUGUGAAGACAGGUGAUAUUACAAAUUAUGAAGAGAUAUUCAGAGACAGACUACAGAUGGACAGUCAAACUGGAUCUCUGACCAUCAGGAACAUCAGAACAACAGACUCUGGACUUUAUCAAAAGCACAGUACAUUCUCAGUAGAAUCAUUCAGUGUUUCAGUCUACGCUCGUCUUCCCAUCCCUGUCAUCAGCAGAUACUCUACAUGUUCUUUAUCAUCAGGAUCAUCAGUGUCUAAUUGUUCACUGCUGUGUUCAGUGUUGAAUGUGAGUGCUGUGACUCUCUCCUGGUACAAAGGAAACAGUUUAUUGUCCAGCAUCAGUGUGUCUGAUCUCAGCAUCAGUCUCUCUCUACCUCUGGAGGUGGAAUAUCAGGAGAACAACAUCUACAGCUGUGUGCUCAACAAUCAUAUCAGCAACCAGACUCAACAUCUGGACAUCAGUCAACUCUGUCACACAUGUGCAGAUCAAGUCCACUGUUGUGGUUUCACUGAAGCUGUGAUCCGAUUGGUCAUCUCUGCUGUGGUGGGCGUGGCUACUUUUACCAUAGUGAUUUAUGACAUCAGAUCCAGAAGAGAACAAAGGAUUCAGACCCAACUUGACAGUUACACAAUGGGAAGUUCUUCUGGGAAUGCUGAAAGAGGAAAUGAUGAUGAAAGAUUAACAUAA